AUGACGAGCACUUCCGAGUCUUUUCUCGCGUUUGGAGGGGGGCGGCAUUUGUGUCCUGGUCGCUUCUUUGCUGCUAUGGAAUUGAAGAUGUUCAUGGCAUAUCUGGUGCUGAAUUACGAUGUCAAAAUGCCUCGUGAUGGUGUACGUCCCGCGGAUGAGUGGUUGGGACCGAUGAGUGGUCCUGCUACACGUGCGCAUGUACUUUUCCGCAAGAGACAGGUACUUUAG